GCACAAUAACUGUGCAAGGGGCCAGGGAAGGAUGACUGGCAGCUCGAGGACGGGGAACGAGGGAGGAGACGAGGGACGUAGUUGCAGAAGAGCUUUCUGGACUGGUCCCUGCUGGAUCUGCGGGUCUUCGCACGACGUCCUCCGAGCCUGCGCUGCCGCCCGGGCACCUUCAUGCCGGCGCUGCCCGUCGCCCUGAAGGCCGCCGUGUCCCGGAAUCAAAGUGUCCCUGUUGGGAGUCAGCUUUCCAGCUGGUGGGCGGGAUCGGCCUCUGCUCUGUCCCGACCACGCCCCCUCUGUUAACCGGCCCCUCCCUCCGCCCAACUGGCCCCAUCCCCUUAGUGCCUCGGUUGCCCUGCUCUUCCCUGGCCCACUCUUACACGCAGUCCCCGCCCCUAAGGAUAAGCCCCGCCUACUCCCACCUUCCGGUCUCUGACUACCGUAUAUCUCCUCCCCAGUCCCUGCACUUCUUGGCCUGGCCCCCUCCUAUCCCAGGCCUCCUCCCCAUGUUCAAAUGGCUCCAGGGGCUCCCCAGGGGCUGGGGAUACGGGUCUGCAAUGCUUUGUCCAACACCUCUUCCUACUUUCGGCUUUGUGUCCUCCAUGAGGCCUAGCUUUUCCUCAGUAUCUCCUCUGGGCUGGGAGGCCAGAGGGCUAAUCUUCAGGACACCCUGGACAGCAUCCAAGAGACCCGGGUCGCUCUCUGGCUUCCGCUGAACCGCACGAUGUCCUUUAGAGCUGCCUGGAGCUUGGUGCUGAGGAAAGGAGGACUUGGAAUUCGAGGGAUCCACAGCCCCGGAGGCACUGCCCACAGCAAGGAGAAGAUGCCCCCCUACACCAACUACCACGCCCAGCGCUCCUACCCCAUGCCUGAUGAGCCCUUCUGCACGGAGCUCAACGCAGAGCAGCAGGCCCUGAAGGAGAAGGAGAAAGGCAGCUGGACGCAGCUGAGCCACGCUGAGAAGGUGGCCCUGUACCGGCUCCAGUUCCAUGAGACCUUCACAGAGAUGAACCGUCGCUCCAACGAGUGGAAGACAGUGAUGGGCUGUGUCUUCUUCUUCUUUGGAUUCACAGGUCUGCUGAUUUGGUGGCAGCGGGUCUAUGUGUUCCCUAAGAAACCCAUCACCCUGAUGGAUGAGUGGAAGGCCCAGCAGCUCCAGCGCAUCCUGGACAUGAAGGGCAACCCUGUGCAAGGCCUGGCCUCCCGGUGGGACUAUGAGAGGAAGGAGUGGAAGAAGUGACGUGGCAUCCCAGGUGCUCACGCUGCAGCUCUGCCCUGGCCCGGAGCCUGUGGAGGCCCCUCCCCGCCACUUAACCCCAAUAAAGCUGGCCUGCUCUCAUCUGC